GGCGGAGGCGCACUCCCCGCGCAGCAUUGUAUCGAAUUUUCGAACUGUCGUACAGUCGGCUGUCUGCCAUAUUCUGUAGUGACUGAAUGUGUGUGAGCGUGGGGAUAGUGUGCACCUAACCAGCCAAAAUGUCGGGGAACAUGGGGAUGGAGCAGCUCAUCCCCAUUGUGAACAAACUACAAGAUGCAUUCACUCAAUUGGGAGUCCACAUGCAGUUGGAUUUACCUCAAAUUGCUGUAGUUGGUGGGCAAUCAGCUGGCAAGUCCUCGGUGCUGGAGAACUUCGUCGGACAAGACUUUCUACCUCGUGGUUCUGGCAUUGUUACCCGUCGACCCCUCAUCCUACAGCUCAUUAAUCACCCACAUGAAUAUGGGGAGUUCCUACACAAGAAGGGCGAGAAGUUCACCAGCUUCGAUGAGAUCCGGAAGGAAAUUGAGGCAGAUACAGAUCGCAUCACGGGUCAAAACAAAGGCAUUUCCCCCUUGCCUAUCAACCUGAGAGUCUACUCUCCCAAUGUGUUGAACUUGACACUUAUCGACUUGCCUGGCUUAACGAAGGUACCCAUCGGUGAUCAGCCAGUAGACAUUGAAUCGCAGAUUCGCAACAUGAUUAUGACCUAUAUUACCAAGGACAGUUGUUUGAUCUUGGCUGUGUCGCCUGCUAAUUCAGAUUUGGCCAACAGUGAUGCACUUAAAUUAUCUAAGGAUGCUGACCCUGAUGGUAUUCGAACUAUUGGGGUUAUUACAAAGCUCGACUUGAUGGAUGAAGGAACAGAUGCUCGGGAUGUUCUAGAAAACAAACUUCUUCCCCUACGGAGAGGCUACGUUGGAGUCGUCAAUAGAUCUCAAAAGGAUAUCGAAGGAAGGAAGGACAUAAAAGCUGCAAUGGCAGCUGAAAGAAAAUUUUUCCUUGGUCAUCCCGCAUAUCGCCACGUAGCAGACCGCAUGGGCACUCCAUAUCUACAGCGUGUACUAAACCAGCAACUUACAAACCACAUAAGAGAAACAUUACCAAGUCUUCGUGAUAAACUCCAAAAGCAACUAUUGACUAUGGAAAAGGAGGUGGAACAAUAUAAACAUUUUCGCCCUGACGAUCCAUCUAUCAAAACAAAAGCCAUGUUGCAAAUGAUUCAACAGUUGCAGAAUGACUUUGAACGAGCAAUUGAGGGAUCAGGGUCUGCCCAAAUUAGCACUAAUGAGCUUUCAGGUGGUGCCAAGAUUAAUCGCCUCUUUCAUGAGCGUUUUCCAUAUGAGAUUGUUCGAAUGGAGUUUGAUGAAAAGGAGCUUCGUAGAGAAAUAGCUUUUGCCAUUAGAAAUAUUCAUGGUAUUCGAGUGGGCCUGUUUACUCCCGAUAUGGCAUUUGAUGCAAUUGUCAAAGGACAAAUUAGUCGGCUAAAGGAACCAUGCAUAAAAUGUGUUGACCUAGUUGUGCAAGAACUCACAAAUGUUGUACGAAACUGCUCUCUUAAGAUGUCUCGGUACCCAAGACUUCAAGAGGAAACGGAGAGGAUAAUUACCACACACAUCAGGGAAAGAGAACAAAUAGUUAAAGAAAAUAUUCUGUUACUGAACGAGUGUGAAUUAGCCUAUAUGAAUACAAACCAUGAAGACUUCAUUGGCUUUGCCAACUCCAGAGGGUCUGGUGUGACAGAUGCCCAGCAGUCAAGUGAGAAUCCUAGCAAGUCAGGUCGUAAACUGGGGAAUCAAGUAAUACGCAAGGGAUUCAUGUCAAUAUCUAAUCUUGGCUUCAUGAAGGGUGGCUCACGGGAUUAUUGGUUUGUCCUAACAUCUGAAUCACUUUCAUGGUAUAAGGAUGAGGAAGAGAGAGAUAAGAAAUACAUGUUGAUGCUUGAUGGAUUAAAGAUCAAAGACAUAGAGCAAGGCUUCAUGUCGCGUCGCCACGUCUUUGCACUGUACAAUCCGGAUCAGAAAAAUGUAUACAAGGAUUACAAAGAGCUUCAGUUGGGUGUUGAAACACAAGAUGACAUGGACUCGUGGAAAGCAUCAUUCCUACGUGCUGGUGUUUAUCCAGAAAAAGUGUCUGAUACCAGCAAUGGAGAGGAGGGUUCUAGUGAAGGCUCCACAUCCAUGGAUCCUCAACUUGAGAGGCAAGUUGAAACCAUUCGCAACUUGGUAGAUUCCUACAUGAAGAUUGUUACGAAGACUACACGAGAUUUAGUACCAAAGUCUGUAAUGCAUCUUAUGAUCAACAACACCAAAGAUUUCAUUAUGGGGGAACUCCUUGCCCACCUGUAUGCCUCAGGUGAUCAGAAUUCAAUGAUGGAGGAAAGCCCCGAGGAAGCACGUAAAAGAGAGGAAAUGCUGCGUAUGUACCAUGCAUGUAAAGAAGCGCUCAAAAUUAUUGGAGACGUUUCAAUGGCAACAGUGUCCACUCCUAUGCCACCUCCAGUUAAAGAUGACUGGCUCAGUACAGGCCAGGAAAGUCCAAGGAUCGGUCAUAGUGGGCCACCCUCUCCCGGAGGAAAUAUGAGACGAGCUGCUCCCCCUGCUGUUGCUCGAGCACCACCUCCAGUGCCCCUUGGAGGACGUCCUGCUCCUGCUAUUCCUUCACGGCCAACUCCAGCUCCACCUGGUCGACAGGUUAAUUCAGGGAUUCUUCCACCACCUCUCAUUCCGUCCCGGCCGGGAGGCGGCGGUGGAGCCUCCAAUGCCCCUCUUGCCCAGCGUGUGCAACAAGCGGCCACGAAUGCUGCUGCAGGCGCUGCAGUCAACGCAGCCACCAACGAACUCUUCUCUGCUUUUGGUUUCAAGAAGUAGAUUUUAUAUUAAAUCAUACACUACUUGUGGUAAUUGGUUUUUAUUGAAGUAUUUAGAGAAAGAAAUGUUAUUAUAUUGAAGAAAUGUGUGUGUGUGAUAUAUGUAUUAUAUAAUAUAUAUAUAAAACAAAUCUGUAUUAUUUAAAUAUAUAUAUUUUAUAAUUACAUAUACAGUACAGUGUGUAUGUGUGUAAUGUGUCAUAUUUUGUAUGAUAAAAAAUUGGUGUAGUGCUGUAGAUGAUAUCACAUUAUUUGGUCUGUCAGGUUGAGCAUCACUACAUCAAACCAGUAACUGAGUGAGAUUACAUGAGCUCAGUCUUGACAUUAGCAAGACAGAACUUUAGUGAUGAUGCCGUCUUCAUAGCAAGCACACAUAUUAGUAGUCUGCCAGCAGUAGAUUCAUAUGGCCUGAAAAUGACUAAAUGCAGGUGUCAGUUAUGACAUUUUGGAUUUGAUUCUAAUAAUUUAUAAAAACACUGUAAUGAUUAUUAAUUUCUUUUUGAAGUUCUGUUGUUUGGGAGAACCUAAUUUGAUGUCUACAAUCCUUUAACUUAGCAAAAUAGUUUAAUCUUGUAUCAGUUAUUUUAUUCAUAAAAUACUUAAGAUUAUUAAGCUACUGUAUUAUAUUUUUGAGAUUCAUUAUUUUGAUUUAAUAAUUCAUAGAUAUUUAAACAAAUAUAAGGAAAAGGAAAAGACAGGUAUUUGGGUAAAUAAUUAUGAUAAUUCUGCAAAUCGGGCAUAUAUAAGAUACAGUACUGGUACUUCAAAGUUUUUUAUUAACCUCUGGGCGGCGCCGCCCAGAGGUUAAUAAUAGGUUAUUAAUAGCCAACAAUACCGCUGUGCACAUAAAAAAAAGUAACCAUUUGUUUUCCUUUUAAAAGUGUUAAACUGAUCGCAUGUUCCCUGAUCAUGGGGGAAAAAAAUAAUUAACAAUGACAUGAAUGAGCUGAGAAAUCUCCCCAUGAAGUCAUCAAACCUGCUCGCUCAUGUAGUGUGCGUUCCCGUGGCGUUGUCUGCAGCAUUCAAGCAGCCGGAGUUGCCACAAAUUGAUUUUCACAGCAUUAUUUACAGUGUUCAUGAUGUAUUUUACGACAAUUUUUUUCACUGAUAUUGUUCAAUAUAUUGUCACUUGAUGUUCUAUUAUAAUAAAACUUGCAUAAAGUCAACACACACUCACAUAUUCAUGUCACAAUUAUGCACACAAAUAUUUUCUUUUACAGCAAGUAUAAUAUGUAUUCUGAUUUUUCAUCAAUAUAUACAUGCACUCACUCAAUAUGUACAGAGUUUUGCACCAUUAUUGUACUUUAGAAGUUCUGGAGAGAGUGAUACUCCUUGAAACAUUUCACAUAACAAAGGGGACACGCCACACGCUUCGCACCAUGUUAGCACCCAUUUACGUUUCUGUGGCCUCCUUUGUGUGGUCUUACAAACAAUGCACUCAUGCUGGAAUUUUUUAGUAAUUGUGUCAGAACAGAAAAACUAAAUGCAUGAAAACUUUGUUUACGACCUGUUUUCACCAAGUACAUAUUGUAACUGUUCAGCAUGGUUUUGUCGACAAGGUGAAGAAACGUCAUCUUGGUCCACUUCACUGUUUUACAUACACUUGACAGCGCCCACCAUCAUGUCACAUUUAUUAACCCAAUGCAUGUUUGUUAUAGUCCAUAACACAAUCUGGUUUAUAUAUUUGUUAUUUUGUUACUUUGUUCUUCUUGCCACUGUUGACCACUGUACCAGUGUGAAUGGUUGUUAACAUGUUCACUUCUUGCCUGUCUUUCCACCACACAGAAAGUAUUUAAUCACUUUUUUUUAUGUGGCUUUCACCUACUUCAAUAUUAUUGUCAAACACUGGCAUUUCCCUUCUAUUUGCCUUUACUGUGCCACACACUCCAGUUCUAUUUUAAAUCAAGAAGCUAGUUAGCAAGGGACUUGUAUAAUAAUUGUUUGUGUAUAAAAUGUGGCCUUCAGCCAUGGUGACAUCAUUGUCUUCACUACUUUACCUGAGAAACCAUGUUGAUCAUUACUGGGAAUGUCUACAUUGGUUCCAGAAUAUAGUGUCAUGUGCAAGACCAUUCCUGUUUCACAGUCAGAGUACAAAGAAUUUCAAUCCAAAUCUCUGGCAUUUGGAGGGAAUAUACUGUUUAAAGGCAACAUGUCCUUUGGAAAGCACAAACGAUUCAUCAAUCGCCAGCUUCUGAGCUGGUACAUAAAAAUCUCUGAACUUUCCAGAAUAUGCUUCACCUUCCAAAGUCUAUCAUCUUCAGUCUGGUCUUCAUUAUUUGCAAAAUGAACACACCUGAGGAGUAAUACAAACAAAUCACAAGACACAUAUUUCCCCAAAACAGGUGUUGGAACACAAGUGUCUUUGCUCUAAUAAUCUGCGAUGACAUGUUUUACACAAUGUUUGAUCAUUAUACAUAGUGCAAGAAACACACAUUUCAUCUACAGUAGUAUCUUUCCAACGCUGUAAUAAUGAAAAUUGUAACAUUUCCUCACCUUCAACGAGUUCGGUCACGUGUUUGUUCAUUUCCUGAACAAUAUGUUCCAUGCGCGCCUCAAAUAAAUAUGUAGUAAAAUAGUUCAUUUCGCUCAUGUCCUCACUAGUACGUAUAUGGAAAAAGGUCUGUAAUACCAACAUCUGUACUUCAGUAUUGUCAAAUGCAGGGAUUUGUGGAACAAAAUUCUUAACAAUCACCCAUCACAAGAACACCACCUGGUGAUUUGGGUGGUUACACCAACACCAUGGCAAAGAAUCCUUAUACAGGUACUCCAUUGACUAUGAGUUGAAGCCCGUCUACACCCACUACAGGCACAAACUGAAGAUGAGGGUAUUUGUGCCUCAGUCUCCAUGUGGUGCCAUGCGGCAGCGUUUGGCUGGGCGAGAAGCUGACGCUGCAAAGCUCUGCCUGGUAACACCACGUACACCACUACACUAGCCACAUGAGUAGUGAAACUGUUUUCAGAUUCCACAUCAUUAAAGGCUGAAAGAGUCAUCUUACAUAUAUUAGUGGCCCAAAGCAACAUCAUGCUGCUCAUGCAACCACAUGAACUAUCUGGUGGUUGUGGUAGUGGUGUGGAGUGAGGUCGAGGAGGUAGUGGUGGUGAUGUAGGCCUCACCCUUGAGACAAACACAAUGUCACUACCCCUGUCUGUAUCUUGCUCAUCUGUACCCUGUGUAUAGUCAAUGUCAGUUAUCACUAUCACUGUCUUCGGCUUCUGGAAAUAAUUCAUUGUAAUUUCCUCAUCAGUCAAUGAAUGGGUGGAGCGGUUUGCCGAGUGUGGUCAUGAGCCAGGUGGUGAUGUGCUCCCCAUGGUGUCCUGAUUGUAACCGAGGCCUUUUCGCCAUGGCAUUGUACGCUGGAUUUUUUUUCCAAGAUGGCGGCUGUUUACUAUUGCCCCUGGCUAUCAUAUGGGUGCCCCCUUUAACAAACGGGACUUUUAAAUCUUAUGCGGUAUUUUAAAUAGCGUAUAUAUGAUGUGCGACGUUCAGCUAGUUAUACCAAAAUUGUAUAUGUAUAUGCAAUUUGUGCUGUUAAUGGGUUAAAGCACAAUACAUUAUAGGAUUGGUUAGUCAUCUAUGAAUUGAUAGAUAUGUAGUGUAUUAAAUGGUUGUGGAGGGAUUAGGCUCUGGUGAUUGUCCUGCUUAGGAGACUUAAAUGUACAGUAUAUCCUUUAGCUGUUUUCCUGCUCGUUCCCAAAGUUAAGGAGCCUGAAUCAUGUUAUGGGUAACGUUCAAAAACGUUUAAUUCUAAUGAAACUAUAUUUACAAAAUUUAACCUAUAAGAGGAAUCUCCAGCCUGUGUUUCAUUACUGUAACCCAGAAGGAAACUGUAGGGAAAAAAUAUAAAUCCAAAAAUAAUGGCAACAUCUAAAAAUUUAGAAAAUUAUAGAAUGUAACAGAUUUUUUAAAUAUUGAAUUUAACCAGUAGAACAGUCUAAAGUAAACUGUCUGACAGAGGAUAUUAUGUAAAAAGUUUCGGUGCUGAAAAAUUGAGACCCAACAUUUCGCUUGAAAACUGGACUUUUGAAAAUCUAAGUCGAAAUAUAAUUUGAAAAUUAAAAUUGUUUCCAAAUUGCAGAGCAAUAUUUUGAAGUACAUACGUAAAAUUUAUGAAAAUUGGUUCAUAAAUAACAAAACAAAAUUUUAGAGAGAUUUACAGUGGUACUUUUGAAUAAAAUAACAAAAAUGUGUCAACAGUAGCUGGGGUUGUCUUGAGGUUAAGCUUGAUGAUUUCGGGGCUUUGCGUUCCAGUGACCCGGUCCUCGACCUGGCCUUCUUUUUGUUACACAUUCCCAGGAAGUUGCCCGUAGCAGCUGUCUAACUCCCAGGUAGCUAUUUACUGCUUGGUGAACAGGAGCAUCAAGGUGAAAGAAACUGCCUAUUUGUUUCCGCCUUCGUCGGGAUCGAACCCGGAACCUCAGGACUACGAAUCCCGAGCACUGCCCACUCAGCUGUCAGGCUCCCUUUUCCUCAUAUAUAGAUGGGGUAUAUAUAUUGCUUGAUUUUCUUCCAAUUUCUCAUGAUUAUUGGUGGGACCCAAUUCUCAAAUCUAGAAAUGUUUCAGGGAAAUCACAUGUCAAACAAUAGAGCAAAAAUUAGCUGAUAAACCAGGCAGUGACUAUCAUAAUGUUCGAUGUUAGGCUGCAAGCAGCCACAUUGAACAGCUUGGUUGAUAAGACAAGCAACCUGGAGGCCUGGUCAGAGACCAAGCUGCAGGGACAUUGAUCCUCAGAAUCAACAGGUUUACAACAGGAUGACAGGUAUACCCCACAAAAAAAUUUAAAAUUGAAAACAUUGUUAUGGGCACAUUGCUAUUUGUAUACAGUAUUCUGUAAUUAAAUAUGAACUCAUUAUUAUCUCUUGUUAAUAAGUUCAAUUGAUAUAUAAUGAUAACUACAGCAAUAAAAACACUCAUACUGUAUGGAGAGGAUGUCUGUUAUGAUGCACUGAUAGUGCAUCAUAACUGAUGUCAUGUGGUGUUCAUGCAAGUGCAUCGUCACCGAUGUCACAUGUUAUUCCUGCUCCCCUCUGGUUGAAUGUCGAGUCAGAAUCACCACCAGUUUCACUCUGGAGGCGGUGUCAUGCACUGGUACUUGGUGUGCAUGUAUACACCUUGCAUUUAUUACUUUGAAAUGAUCUAAACAUCAAAUGAAAGAGAGAGGCAGUUUGAAAGUAGGUGGUGUUAUAUGGACAGUUUACACAGUAUAUUGCUACUAAAAGAUAAAGCAAGAACCCUUUCGUGCAGAACCACACUGUUUGAUGACCAGAAUCAUUGAUUUCUCCUUCCAUUUUAGAGCCUUUGAUAUUUUGACAGUUAUCAGCUAGCAUAAAACAUACAUAUAUUCACACGUAAAAUUCUGUUUUAUAUAAACAUGAUGUUUUAGAGUAUGUGGACCACAUGGGUGGGGCGACCAGCUCAAACAGCUGCCCCCGUAGAGGUUAUAGAAAAAAGGCCAUAAUGUACCAUGUAUACAGUGGAACCUCGGUGUUCAAUUGCACCUGAAUACAAAUUUUCCAGUCUAUGACAAAAAUUGUCAGAAAAUAUGCCCCGGUGUACGAUGUUCGUUCAUACUUGUAUGAGUCGGUAAGCUGAGUUUAUGCUUGUAUCCUGACUAGUGAUAACUGCACUUGAAUUCUCUGUGAGCCAUUUCAUUAGAUAUACCUUGAGGUUACCUUGAGGUGCUUCCGGGGCUUAGCGUCCCCGCGGCCCGGUCGUCGACCAGGCCUCCUGGUAGAUAUAGAUAAAUUAUAUAUAUAUAUAUAAAAUUCCUCUUCUUAACAUGAAAGUUAUUACCAUAUAUCACACCAUGGGUCCCAAGAAAGUCAGUGGUAAAGUUCAAUGUAGUUCUAAGAAAAUAGUUAUGAGGAUGACAUUAGAAGAAAAAGCAGAUUAUUCAUAAACAUGAUGGUAUGUGCAUGGUUGAUCUGGCUAGAAAAAUGUGUGCAGUAUGGAAAGAACUGCAAAUUUUGCUGAAAAGACAUUCCCAUAUAAGGUUGUAGCAAGUCGUUAUGUUAACCUUUUUAAUGACAAUGUGAAGUCUCACUACAGGCAAGUGUUAAAACGUAGGCAAAAACAAGUGUCUUUAGAAAGAUUCCUAGCGAGACAAACUAGCAGUGAGCCACAACCGGGUCCUAGUGGUAUUCCUACAAAAUGUAGGAAAGAGAGCGCUCCAAAAAUGCCUUCACUGCCUGAUGCUAUAAUGGAAGAGAACCCCCAUUCCAAACACUAAUACCUCUUCUACCCCUCCCCCUCCUGACGGUCUUCCAUAUGCCAACAAGUCCUCAGUAAAGGUAAGGUACAGUUAAAUGUUCAUAUAUAUUAUUUACAGUUUGCAUUCAUGUAUUCCUUACUAUUUUGUGUAUGGAAAAUUUAGUAGUAUUCUGGAUAAAAUAUGAUUUUAAGUUAAUAUUUUUGGGUGUGUGGAACAGAACAAUUCAAUUUACAUUAUUUCUUAUGGGAAAAUUUAUUACGGUUUACAAAUAUUUGGGUUAUGUUGCAUUCGGAUUAAAUUCGUACAGAGGUUCUACUGUACAUCAUAACAUUAUACUUUUUGUGCCAAAGUGUUGCACAUACUGUAUAGGUUAUUUAUGUAUGUUUUACUGUAUUGUAUAUGUGGGUGUGUGUAUAUAUAUAUAUUUUUUUUUUGCCUUGUUGAUAUUAAUGAUUCGAGUCUCUUAAUGCGAUAUAAUAGUUUGGAUGGGAAGCCAAGCAAAAUAUCACCAUUUGUAACCUUUUGAUGCUGAAACUAUUGGUGAAAAUAUUUAGGUCCUCUUAACAACAAGGGGCUUCCCCCAGUCAUCUUUUUUUUUUCUAUAUUUUUGUUGAGUCAAGCAGUGCAGCCCAGCACUAGUAAGAGCUUGCUGUUAUUAUUUGAUUUUUUAUAUCCAAAGGUUUUGAUCCCAAGUUAUUUUUAAUUUUCUCUGCUGCUACACAUAUUUAGUGUGAAAUGCUGCAAACAAAUUGUACCCAAGUUUGUUAAACUGUUCUCUGCCUUAGUGAUCUAACCUCAGUCCCUUAAAUGUACCUAUACGUUAAACCCAUCCUCCAAAAAUUAUAGUUAAUACAGUAUGUAUAUCCAUAGUGACGGCUUGUAUACAAAUUCGACAUUUGCAACCAAAAUGUCCAAUUUAUUUAUAUUAAUAUUUGAAUACUAGAGAGCAUUAAAGAACUGCAACAGACUUAACAACAAUCUCUCCUAAGCCUAAUGGAAGCCAUAUUUGGCCUAUUAUUUGCAAUCUUCGGCCUAUUGUACUGUACUUACAUUUAGUAUUCUAGGCCAAUUAGAAUCAAGUUUUGCCGUCUUUCAUAGGCCCUCUAAGAAAUCAGUAUAGUACUCUAGUAUGAAAUGUGGACACACACUUGUGAAACAGCUCACCAUUUGUAUGUAAACUCCACAGUUUUUGUUCAUACUAAAGUUUUUGGAAGAUACAUUGUAUGUAUUGUGCAGUAAUUACUAUCAUCAUUAUCUCUCUAAUAUUAAUAUGGUUAUAAUAGUCAUUAUUUAAAAGUAGUAAUGCAAAAAGAACGAUAAAUCAAGCAUAAUGUUGCAUAUUGAAUACACUGUCACUGCUAACAGGAGUAAUAACACAAUAGUAUCAAAUAUAAAGAUUUUAGUGGCAAUAAUAGUAAUACAGUAUUAACAUUUGUAAUUGUAGGGAAAUAUAAUAGUGGUAAUGGCAAUAUUAAUUCAGACUACCGUGUGCUAAUAUGGAUUUUUGUCAUCGGGAAACCGUUUUGCAUAUCAAGGGUAGAGAUAAAGAUGUGGGCUUUGAUUGACCUGUCUUGCAUGUAGAGUUAAAGUAGCACAAGUGAAUAUGAUGAGGAUUAUUGAACCUAACUUAUACUUCGUCAUAUCCUGUACAGUAUUGAAAAUUUUCUUGGAUUUUAAAUUAAUGUCUGAAUAUGAAGGAAGGUGGAUGGGCUUAUGCAUGCACUGCAUGUAUUAGUGUAUUACACACACACAAAUGUGUGUGUACUUUUGUUGUUAUUUGUGUAAAUACAUAUGCAUAGUGCAGCAUAUGUGCAUUGUAUGUUGUAUAAUUAUGUACAUGCAUGCAGACAUGCAUACAAACAUGUACGUGUGCACACAACAUUCUUGGUUUGGUUUUAUGACCCUCUUCAUAUUUUUGUUUGUCAGCAUUCCUUUAAUAACCUAUGAAGUAUUCUAUACUUAAAAAUUAAAGUCCAGCAAGAAUUUCAUUUAUUACUAAUAGUGCUUUCUGCAGAUGUUUUAUGCAAGUUGUAAUUUAAAAGAUUAAAUUAAUUCAUAUGAAUGUGGGUGUAUUACAUCAUAUUAAUUUUGACAAUUAUUUCUUUUAUUAUUUUUAUUUUUAUACUAAUUUCAUAAUUAAUAAACUGCAAAUGACUUUGAAUAAUAAAGUUUGGUGUGGAGGAAUAUUGACAAUUUCAUCAAAUUAUUACCUGCUUAUUUUAUGCCAUCUAAAUACUGCUGAUGUACAUUCUCCUAUUGUGUCAUCAGCAUAAAGUUUUAAGGCAUUUUUGUUUUUAUAUUUUAUUAAUACAGUAGCAUGACUGAAGUUGGUAGAAAGUAAAAUAUAUACAAAAUUCCACCACAUUAGUUUAAAAAUCAUGCAAAUAUUACCAUGAGCAUUUGUAUUAUUUUUAAAUAAAGAUAUACAAGCAUAGAUGUAUUGGUUUCCUACUGUUAAGUAGCAAGUGGUACCUGCAUAGAAAAAGAUAUUUGUACACCACUACAGUGUACAGUUAAGCUGUCAUGAGUUAUAUACACUUGUGUAGUCCACUUAACAGUUAAUAUUUAGGGGCUUGUUUAAAUGGCCUGUUGCCAUGCAAGUUCCAUCUUGUAGUAAUUACGUGUCAGUAUUGCACACUCGUCAUUGAAAUUUAAAAAAUGUUUGUCGUCGACACAGCAAGUACAUUAUAAAAUAGCUACUUUGAUUUUGUACAUAUAUUUUGGAAAAGGAGUAUGUUUGUAUGUAUUAUGUUAAUGCAUUUGUAAAUUAAUAAACCAUUCCAUGUGUAUGUUAGUGCUAAAAAAUCACUGACUAUGUAUCAGGGCUCUUGAUAAUAUUUUAGUGCUUUAAUGCUUACUAAAAUUAGCUUUUGCCACUUUGUUACCAAAGACAAUAUGUAUCUGUGUUAAAGAGCUUCUGUGUUUGUUACUAACUGUCACUGGAUGUUAAAGUUUCAGAGUUUAUAUAAAAAGCUUAAUCACUAGUGCUAGACUGUGAGGCACUUCGUGUUGUGUGGAAUGGUUACCUGAUAGUAUCAUGAUAAAUUGUAUAUUUAGCAAGCACCAUGAUUAAAUUCUUGGCUGAAUGAAGAAUAUUGUAUAAAGCAACAAUUAUUUGCUUGAUAUUAUGGCAAGAGGAUAAAGUGAACGUGUAAAUUAUGUAAGAAUAUGUGGUUUUCUUGUAUAAAAUGCCUCGAUUCUAUUGACUUAAAAUUAAGCUUGACAAGUAUAUGUAUAAAGGUGUUAAUUACAUUACUGUUACACUGCUGUUUACUCUGCUGUCGUGUCCCGUUCCAUCUUGUAUGUGCAGAAAGACUUUGAAGCAGGAAAGAACAACAUUCAUUAUUUCUCAUAUCUAUAGUAUGUACAUAUAGUGUAGGCAUGUGAAAAAAAAAAAGGAAUUUGAUUAGAUUUUGACCCGAGGGCAGACAAAUAAAACUGGUGUAGUAGCACUCCUAGAUAUGGUGUCUUCAUUUGUUUGUCACUGGGAUCUCUUCUUCGUGAUGUUAGAUUUUAAAGACUGGCAUUAAUAUUUCCUGGAAGUGACCAGGGGAUGCAAUAAUAUAAGUGUUAGAGCCUGUAGUAACUGGUCACUGUCUAGUGUGUGUGUGUGUGUGUGUAGCUCUUGAUCCUUGUUGUAUCUUGUUCUUCUUGUUAAUUAUGGUAUACAGUUGUUGAGAACAGAAAGAAAGAAACUCUGGCAAGGCUGUAUAACAAGUGAAGUAGCAAAUAAAAAGUACAUAUUUACUGGUCAUUCUGUUGAAUAUCCUAGUACCAUACAGUGCUUAAAAUACCUAUUGAUAUAAUCCUAUAAAUACGUUCAUUAAAAUGUAAUCAUAUAUGUAUAUUUUCUUUUCUUUUUCUUUAGGGGGGGGUGGAGUUGAAUGUGAUGCUUGUUGAUUACUUAAGGGAAACUAUUGUGGAAGGGCAAAAAGUGUGCUAAACUACUCAUAUCUAAUGCCUUGUCAUAUCUUAAGUGUUAACUUUCAAUGUGCUCACUUUGACUUCAAUAUCUAAAGAAUUUUUCUUUAUAAUAAUAAUAUACAAGCAUGUGUGACUGUUAGUGUGUGUGUGCAAGCAUGCAUAUAUGUGUAUGUGUAUGCAUAUAUGCAUACAUCAGCAUAUACAUGCAUCCUUAUGCUGUGUAUAUGAUUACAAUGGCUGUAUUGGCUGAAGAUAUUUGCGAACUAUUUUGUAUGGGCAGCUGAUACUGUUGUGAUUAUCUUUGUUACUGUCUGCUUUCUUCCUGUUAAUAUCCAAGCAGUGUACAAUAAAUGAUGUAAACUGA